AUGGAGCAGGCCGGCAUGCGCCGCAUUCCGGACGUGGUCCUGUGCCCCGCGUCCGACGAUGACGGAUGCGACAUCCUGAUUGCAGAGCACAAGCUUGUGGAGCGCCUGCUGGUGGAUACUGUCGAGGGUCUGCAAGGGCAGCGGCCUGCUUGGCUGCAGGGCGCGCCCGUGAGGCUGCGGGAUGUACACGCCAACUGCCUCAAGACAGUGGACGCCCCCAACAUUGCGUACGUGUGGGACCACCCCACGGAGGUCCCUGGCGACAUGCUUGAGAGCAUCCAGGUUGUCAUCAAGCAGGUGGUGCAGUACCUCAGGGACCGCGACUUGAGCCUGGCAUGGUUCGGCAACUACUUCUACACGUGGGGGCUGAGGCUGGAGGGCGACACGGCGUACGUCACAGAGGCGUUCCCUCGCACUUCCAAUGAUGUUAUCCUGGCCAUACGGGACGCCAGUGCACGCACGGCCACGCCUCCCUCAAGCGGCAGCGCGCGUGCACCUGCAGCAGGCGGUCCUUCCGGGGAGGGCAUUGGCGGCGACACAGACCGAGGUGGCGGUCCGGAUGUGGGCGGUGUGCACUUCGGCAAUGCGGGCAGCAGCAAGCAGGGUGCCACUGCAGGGCAUGCCAUGACCCUGCGGCCCCGCAAAAGGACGCUUGCCACGCCUCAGCAGCUUCCUGCUGCCGGCCCUGCAGCGGACUCAACCCGCUCAGACCAGUUGUCUGACCGCGACCAGGGGCACUCGCAGCAGCAGCAGCAGCAGCAGCAGCAGCAGCAGCAGCGGGGGCGGCGGCGGCGGCAGCAGCAGCAGCAGCAGCAGCAGCAGCAGCAGCAUCAGCAGCAGGGUGUACGCAGAGCCUCGCCAGAGGAGGCGGCUGCUCAGGUCGACGUGGCCCUUGUCCAGGCGGCCAUCGGCUUUGGCAGGAUGGGUUACACGUUCCUCUACAUGAUGCCCGACGGCGUGCAGGCUGCGCUCAAGGUGGCGGCGCCCUCUUCCUACGAAUCAGCCCUCCUUGCGCACGAGGCGGAGGUGCUGCUGGCCCUUCGCCAAGAGUGGGGCGUGUGGGUGCCCGCACUGCUGGCCGCGGGCGCCGGCAACGGCGGCGCCAGCCGCGUGCUGGCCACCGCGUUCGUCCGCUCCUCCAGGGAGCUGGACCCCAGCACUGACAGGCACCUGCUGCCCCAGCUGCGGCAGGCGGUGGCGGCGGUGCACGCCCGCGGCGUCGCCCACAGCGACGUCCGGCGGCAAAACGUGCUGGUGCAGGAGGGCGGCGCGCAUAAACAGCGCGUGUGGCUGAUUGACUGGGGGUUUUCGGCGCUGCAGGCGACACAGCAGGCAAUGGACGAAGAUGUGCGCAGGCUGCUGCAGCUGUUUGAUGGCUGA